GUGAGAAAGAUGGCCCCAGAACUGAGUAGUGGUGGCAGUCGCCUGGACUUCUGUGAGUGAGCUCCGAAUGGAGAACUGAGCCACUCCGGAGUUGGGAAGGAAGGGCCCCCACUGCGGGCGUGGAGGGCGUGGUUAGUUGUCAGUAAACACUUAACAGUACCGGGAAGAGAGGAAAUGAGGCCAGGUGUUUGCGCGAGCAGUUCUGAUGUUCUUGCACAUCACUGCAACUUUUCACAAAGGACAGAGGCCACUUCAUAAAGAGCACGAUCUUCUUAGGAUACAAACCGCACUUUUCAAUCCUUCCUCUGAAGACAGCUCCCCCAUCUCCAGACGACCCACAAACCAGAGGCAGGGACGACCUCUAAAACCCCCGAAAUCUUAACAGGGGACGUGAGAAACGACAAGUCCCAGGAUGCAGUGACGUCUCAAGCCAAACGCCCACACUACCGUCCGGUGAAACUACAUGUCCCAGAAUGCUGUGUUGCCUCGGGCCCCGAGCGCCUCCUUAAUAAGGAUGCUGUUCCUUCAGAAAUCCGAGCCGGAUCGGCGCUGCAUGCCGGGACUCAGAAGACCCAGAAUCGUAUUGGCUGAGAUUUGGCAGUGAAUGCCAUUCCCCUAGGCUUGUUUGAGGUGAUGUGGGGGGAAGGGCAGGGACGCUGGGCACUUCCGCCAGACGGAAGCCGGCUACAGACUCACUGCCUCCCGCCUUACCAGGAAGCUACUAAAGUUCCUGUGGAAGUGAAGUAGAGUUUCAUAAGAGCAUUAUGGAUGGAGAGGAGAAAACUUAUGGUGGCUGUGAAGGCCCAGAUGCCAUGUAUGUCAAAUUGAUAUCUUCUGAUGGUCAUGAAUUUAUUGUAAAAAGAGAACAUGCACUAACAUCAGGAACAAUAAAAGCCAUGUUGAGUGGCCCAGGUCAGUUUGCUGAGAAUGAAACCAAUGAGGUCAAUUUUAGAGAGAUCCCUUCACAUGUGCUAUCAAAAGUAUGCAUGUAUUUUACCUACAAGGUUCGCUACACUAACAGCUCCACCGAGAUACCCGAAUUCCCAAUUGCACCUGAAAUUGCACUGGAACUGCUGAUGGCUGCGAACUUCUUAGAUUGUUAAAUAAAAUAAAUUAUAAUAAACUGUUAA